CAGAUGUUUUGGCAUUUUUAGCCUUAGACAUGACGGCAUAUAUCACUGGGGUCAAUGGUGACUAAAUGAGAAGGAUUAUUUGCAGAGACAGUGAACGCAACGCGUCGGUCUCCUUGGCAACUACGUGCAGGAAGUUUGCUUUGUGCCGUGAUUCGCACUAAAACAAGUCCCAGUCAUGUCCAGAGGUUGUAAACCCGAGCGUCGGUGCUUUGGAAGUGACGUCCACAGGCUGCUUGCGGCUGCUGAAGCCGGCCAGAAGGCCGAUAUUCUGGCCUACUACGCAGGUCAUCUGGGGCCCAGUGGCCUGAACCAGAAUCAGCCCCAUCAGGACAAAAAGCAGGUCAUGUGGAAGUUGUCUCGUGGCCAAGAAGAAGACGCAAACCCAGUGAAACUCCCGUCCGGGCAGACAAAGGCACAGGCCUAUGAGAGGGAGAAAGGACUGAAAGAGUCUCACACUGAGCUCACAGCUGGCACCGCUUCACUGGAGUCACAACAUCAGGAUACGGAUUACUCAUCACAUGCAAGCAGAGAUUUAAGCCUGCCUAAGAUAAUUCAUAGGUCUUCAAACUCUUUGCGUGGAAAAGGGCUGCCGGACGGACCGGCAAAAUCCAAGUUACCGCCUAUUUUAAAGCACAAAAAUCUGUUGGGCUCUGAUCACGCUCGCCACAGAGGCGUGAAUAAUGAAGACCAGCCAAAAGCAGAGCAGCGAUGCGGCAGGUCGUUCACAGCCACGCAGAACCCCUGGACCGGACGAAGCCUCGCCGAAACGCACGAGAGGAAACUGCAAGAGGCGCUGCAGAAGCUGCCGGCGCAGAGCUGGCCCCACAGAGACCGCCUUGCGGUGUUCAGUGACGUCUUUGAUGAUGUAUGUGAGACCUCGCCAGUAUUUGGACGCAUCCUGAGGGAAAUUAAGACUGAUUAUGAUUUGUACGUCAACUACAUGAUGGCCUCCAGCUCGCCUCCACACAACCCGUUGUCGCAGACCCCAUGUGACCACCUUGGCAGCGGCAGACUGAGGGAAAUGCAGCUGGAAGAGGCCGAAGCAGAGGUUUCCAGGCUGGAGGAAGAAGCCAGAGAAGCUCUAGAGGAGCAUAAACGAAUUCAAAAUGAAUUACGGAAUGUUCCAGCUGUAGCAGAGCCACAGGACAGUGAUAUGAUGAAAGCGUCUCUGUCGGAGCUGCUGGACAAGGAGGCUGUGGACACAGACGGAGUCCACACUAAGAGGCUGCAGGUGCUGAACACGUGGAGGGAGAUCCAGCAGCUGGAGGAGGAGAUCGAGGAGAAGCUGGUGUGCGACGUCACAACCGCUGCCACAGAAGAAUCCAUCAAAGUCCUACAGACGGAGAUAGUGAGACUCAUAGCCUCAAAUGAAUGUCUGAAGACAGCCAACAGGGAUCUGAAAAACAAAAUCAACGCGGUGCUGAACAGAGAGAAAUUAAACAAGACCCAAAGACGGCUGCUGUGGGAUGAAAUACUGGCGGAAUAGCUUCAUCAACAAGAAGAAAUAAUAACCCCUGGAUGAAUGUCUCACAAUAUAUGUACAUGUACAUGUAGAUCCUAACAAAACAUUGUAGCAGGAUUCUAUGUUGGUUGGAUAUUCUUUUAAUUUUCACCCUUUUAAAAAUAUUUACAUCAUUCUUUGUAAAAUCUUAACAGACAUUAUUAUUAUUAUUAUUAU